AGAGCACAUAAACGAAACCCCCCACGUGUCGGUUGACAAAUCUAGCUUAUGUUCUCUGUCGGUUGCCCUUGCCAGCCCUUAAUCCUACCGCGAACGCACACGUGCCCUUUCCCCUCUCUCCACCUUCUUCUUCAAGCCUCUAAAAUCCUCCACCGGUCCAAUAUCUCCCCAAACACCCAAACCCUUCGGCUUCCACCACCUCUCACCUCAAAGAAACCCUCACUAUUCACAGAAACCCAUCGUUGCCGGAAAAGAGUCAAAGACCCUCCUUACUCCUUCUCUGAUGCUUCCCAUUUCCGAUCACGCUUCCUUCGAAACUAUCAAGAAACCCCAAACCCCCGAGUUAUUAGACCGCAAGAACUCACCCAACAAGCUCAACUCGGUUUUUCUACCUAUCCACUAUGCCCAUUCUCGCAUUUGGCUCCUCCUCACCAUCCUCUCCAUCCAGAUACUCCUUCUCUUCACCCUCCGCUCUCUUCCUAUCUCCCUUUCCCUCUCCCACCCUCGCCCCAGCGAAUAUGUCCAGAAUUCCUUAUCCGCUGACCCGAAUCGAGAUCAAUGUGGAUCGGGUCGAAUAUUCGUGUACGAUCUCCCCGUAACAUUCAAUUCUGAGAUUCUGGCCAAUUGCGAUGACUUGAACCCGUGGAGCUCGCGCUGCGAAGCGCUGGCCAAUGAUGGCUUCGGCCGGAGUGCCACCGGGCUUGUCGGGAUCGUGCCGAAGCAGUUGGCUUCGGCGUGGUACUGGACGGACCAGUUCGUGUCCGAGAUCAUUUUCCACAAUCGUGUCUUGAAGCACAAGUGUCGGGUCCUAGAGCCGGAAAAUGCUACGGCGUUCUACAUACCGUUCUACGCUGGACUGGCGGUGGGUAAGUAUCUUUGGUCGAAUUCGAGCGCCAAGGAACGCGAUCUCCACUGCGAGAUGAUGUUAAAGUGGGUUCAGGACAAACCCUACUACAAGAGAUCCAACGGCUGGGAUCACUUCCUCACCAUGGGGCGCAUCUCGUGGGACUUCCGGCGGUCGAAAGACGAGGACUGGGGUUCUAGCUGUAUCUACAUGCGCGGGAUGAGGAAUAUAACGCGCCUCCUGAUCGAGCGGAACCCGUGGGACUACUUUGACGUCGGUGUGCCUUACCCCACCGGAUUCCACCCCAGGUCAGACUCCGAUGUAACGGCAUGGCAGCGCUUCGUCCGCGACCGUAACCGCACAAGCCUAUUCUCUUUCGCCGGGGCGACACGUGGCGCCGUCAGGAACGACUUUAGGGGCAUAUUGCUCAGGCAGUGCAACGGAACGGACGCGUGUACGAUCGUAGACUGCGCGGGGUCUCGCUGCUCCAACGGUACAUCGGCGAUCCUGGAAACGUUCUUGAGCUCUGAGUUCUGUCUACAGCCCAGGGGUGACAGCUUCACCCGCAGAUCGUUAUUCGACUGCAUGGUUGCCGGGUCGAUCCCUGUUUUCUUUUGGAAGCGAACUGCCUAUUAUCAGUACGAGUGGUUUUUACCGGGCGAAGCGGAUAGUUACUCGGUCUUUAUAGACCGAAACGCCGUAAAAAACGGGACGUCUGUGAAGGAAGUGCUGGAGAGGUAUAGCAGGGAGGAGGUGAGGAAAAUGAGAGAGAAAGUGAUUGAUUAUAUACCGAAAAUAGUGUAUGCAAGACCUCAGGAGGGGUUGGAAACAGUGAAGGAUGCAUUUGAUGUGGCCAUUGAGGGGGUGCUAAGGAGGUUCAAGGAACAAGAGGAGUGGGGAUUUAAGUGGUAAUAAUAGGGAAGGCCGAGGGUAAAUCUGUGCAUUGGAAGAUAUAUGCGAUGGUUUCAGCUAUAAUGUCACUAAGAAUAGAGAUUGUGGCAAAUUUUUUUAUGGGUUAGGUAGAUGGUAGUUAUUACAGUUAUUUUUUUAAAAUAUAUAUUUUUUUUUCUAAUGAGCCGAGGAAGGGGGAUUUGGUACGUGUUGUUAUUUUAUUAGUGGGGUACAUGAUGUAUGCAAUUAGGGCUAUUGUAAGUGACAUUAUAAUCUGAUCCUCUUAUCGAGGAAUCAGUCACAGAAUUCUGGGUUCCAUCAGCAAGUGGACCAAAUGAGCAGAACCACACACAGUGGCGGAUGGAUAUGGUGGAUGAUUGUUAGGGCAGUGCACCCUUUUUUAUUUCUUGGGCACCGUGCAUGUGGCAUUGUAGGUAUCCAAGAUUAUCAUGUGUAAUUGAGAAAAUAAGUGAUGUGCGUUAUCAUAUUUGCACUUUA